CGACGGCGCGGCGCCGCUGCCGCACGCCACCUAUUUCGCUGCUCAGGCACCACAGAACCAAACAAAUUCCAGCCCAGAGGAGCCCGUCGCUCUCACACUGCCCAGCCCCAAAAGUCCCUAAAAAUGGGCUACCGGGAGAAAAACAUGCUCAUUGCGAGUUGCUUGCUGCUCUUUUGCUUUUUUCUCGUGGUGAUCGCCUUUUCUACGCCCUGCUGGUUGGAAAAUGACGGAGAGCUUCCGGACGCCACCUUCCAACGGAUUGGACUCUGGCAAGUUUGCUUCAAGAACUUUGAAGAGCCGCACCAUUGGUACGACACCAAGUUCACUGGCUGCUGGUGGGUCUUUGAGGAAGAGUACUACAUCAUUCACGACUUCUUGCUGCCGUCAUUCUUUGUAACGACCCAGACGUUCUUCACUUUCUGCCUUGUAGCCCUGCUUAUCUGUUUGCUCUUUUUGGCACGCUACGUCUGCAUUGAUGACGAUGACCCAAACAUGGCUACUUUGCUGUUUAUUGUCUCGGGAUUUUCAGGCUUUUCAGCAUUCUGCGGUACCAUAUCAGUGGUGAUCUUUGGCGCUUAUGGAGACAGUCGGUACUGGAUGCCUCAUUGGGAACACAAUUACAUUGGGUGGUCCUACGCGCUGGCAGUUAUCAGCAUUCUUCUAAUGUGGAUUGCCACGGCUCAAAUUUUCGCAGAGGCCAGGGUUCACCGUGCCAAAGACAGGCGCGAAAGGCAAAGAAGGGCUGCGUAUGGACUUGGCUAAAUAGGUUUAAAAACCCUUUCCGCCGCCAUUCCUUUUUUAUCUUAUAUUUUUAGUAAAAUCGAAUCUCAGUUUUUACUACAGGAAUCUUUGAUAUAGAAUCUGAUAUUAUUUCUGGUCAGUUUGAAAACGCAUUUGUUGAAUUCCCACUGAAUAACUGACCAUUAUAAAAUUUUAUAAUCUCAUCACAAAAGAUCGCAACAUUAACUCAAUGUUAAGCUCUAAAAUUGUAUAUAUAAUUUCUUUAUUGUAUUUGCAACACUUAAGGUUAAGGCUGGGAGAUGCAACACUUGUUUAUUAAUCAUUGCAAGUGCAUGAAUUUUAUUCAAGCGGCUACUCUGUGACCUAAAUCCGUCCAUUGUUGGUUUCAUUGUCAGAGUCUGGCUGGCAGUAUUUUCCCACGCCAUUGCAAUUUCGAAUUUUGAUGCAAAUUCACAAAAAUAAUAUAUUGAAGUAGUUUGUUGAGCCAUUUUCGGCCUAAACUGGCUAUGGGCAGUUUUAUUUUAGAUAUUAAACACACGUCCAUGUGAAAUAGUCAGAUAAAAACCAUUUGAUCAUGUUUGAUGAUUAUUUUUGACUUGAAAUAACAUUUGUAAUGAUAUUGACCAGAAGUGGCACACGAGCUAUGAACUGAUACGCAAUUUACCCGUCCAAAUCGUUGAAGGAGACACCUAUUCAUAAAUGAUUUUGUAUGCACUAAUGUACAUCUGACAAAAAUAAAAUAUUCUUGGAAAGAAUAAAAAAA